AUGAGUACCCAACAAGAGUCAUCGGAAAAGACCGUUGCAACGACCCAGCCGGAGAUUGCAAGUCCCGGGGUUCAGUUGACCGAAUUGCUCACUAAAUUUGGGGAGAUGGCAUCUGAAAUGGCCGCUCAGAAGAAAUUGAUUGACGAGCUCGUCAGUAGCGGAGUGCGACCUGAACCUGUACCCGCUACACAACCACAAUCCGAACCAUUUGUUAUUCCUCCGUUUCAAACUACGUUUGAGGGAACUUUUAACCCGCAAUAUGCUUUCACUCAAAAUCCUCCUUUCUACCCUUCCUAUAGUCAAGGAUUUCAGCCUCAAAGUGACCCAAACAUGCAUCUAAACCCACCAGUUUUCUAUCAAACCACCGCAGAACCCGUGAUACCGGAGCACACUUUCCAAAAUAAGCCUGAAAUGGGUGAAUCUUCUGCUCCAAUUGAUAUGAAGUUGCUCAGACGUCUAGAUCGUUUCGAUGAAUUUAUAAGGAAGAGCCAGGGGCUGAACAAGCAGGGAGUCCUGGAUUAUGAUGACUUGUGCCUUUUUCCGAGCGUGCAGUUGCCUGAGGGGUUGUUCCCCGAGAGUCUGGAAGGGGAUGCGCUUGACUGGUAUUCCAACCUAAAACUUGAAGACGUGAAAACCUGGAUUGAUUUGUCUAAUGCAUUUGUGAGACAGUAUGAGUACAACUGCGAGCUAGCGCCGACCCGGACUACUCUGGAAGGAACGAAAAGGAAGCCUUCUGAGGACCACAAGACCUAUGCCAAGAGAUGGAGAAAAGUAGCUGCAAAGGUCGAGCCGCCCAUGACCGAGGAUGAAAUUAUUCGCACAUUCAUCAAAGCCCAUGAUCCGCCGUACUUCGAAGAGAUCUUUCGUAUGACCGGAUGUUCGUUUGCUGCAAUUGUAAACAAACUUGAGGAGUUUGAUGACUUUGUGAGAGCUGGAAAGAUUGUCAAUGUUUCCGCCCUUAAAUCUCAGUUGGAUGCUUUACAAGGUCAAGGAAGCAAUGUGAAAAAGCCACCGUUCAAAAAGAAGGAGGGGGAUGCAACCUUUGUUUGGAACCAAAAUCCUUCACCCAGACCUCGAUACCAACACAGCCCAAUCUACCAAACCCAUUACCCUUAUCAUUACUAUCCGAACCCGUACCCUGUAUAUGCCACUAAUAUCCAGCACCCUAGACCUCGCCCAAGCUACCCUAACCCACCUUCAGCCCCUUUUCAAAUUUCUCAACCAAAUCCACCCCAAAACCGACCACGCCUUCCAUAUAACCCAAGAUUUCCGCCUCCAAAUAGACCUGCUUACAACCAACCUCAACCUUCUGAACCUUACAACCGACCUCCUAGCCGUACAUUUACCAAUUUAGGUAGGCCUUUAGACCAAUUGUAUGAUCAGUUAAAGGCCGCCGGAAAAAUUGGUAUGGUACCCCCUCCUACCUAUCCAUAUGGCAUGCCCGCCUGGUAUAACCCGCAAGCUGUCUGCACUUAUCAUUCGGGGGCACCUGGACACUCAACUUUGGAUUGUAAAGCACUUAAGCAUAAAAUUCAAGAUAUGGUUGAGUCUGGAGAAAUUAUAGUCAGAAGGAGAGAGACACAAGGGCCGAACGUGAAUAGGAACCCUUUGCCGGACCAUGUUAAUACCAUCGGGGUCAUUAUGGAUGACACGGAGUAUAUGGAACAGGUCAAAGUUUUGGCAAGGGAAGCUGAGGUAUUUGGGGUCACAGACCAGCCAUUCGUCAUAGAGUUGCCAUUCGGAGAGGAUGAAAGCCCUUUUAUCUUGGAUCUCACGCCAGCGGAGAAUGAAGCCUUGAAACCAGUAGUCAUCGAAUUCCCGAAGCAAGAGCCUGUUUUAAGCCUGCAACAGGUACCAUGGAAUUAUGAUGAGCCUGAUGUACAGAUUGGGGAAAAGUCAAUUGCAAAGAAGGAGGUGUCAGUGGUUACCAGAUCGGAGAAGAUUGCAAGUCCAUUCGAAGAUGCCGGUCCGAUUCGAGCAAAUAACUCCGAACCGCCUGUUAAACCAACAAUCACUGAGAAGGAAGCCUUGGAUUUCCUUAAGAGGCUUCAGAGAAGUGAAUACAACAUAGUUGAGAAGCUGAAUAAGUUGCCUGCCCAGAUAUCCAUGUUGGAUCUACUCUUUUCUUCAGACACGCAUAGGGACGCACUGAUUGAAGUAUUGACUAAAGCUCAAAUUCCGAGGGACAUUUCUGUUGAUAAUUUUUCAAACGUGAUUGGGAGCGUAUUGUUCAACAAGCAAAUUGCUUUUUCUGACGAUGAAUUGCCGACGGAGGGCAUCGGACAUAAUAGGGCGUUGUACAUAACAGUGAGGUGCAACGGAAAAAUGCUGCCUAAGGUGUUAAUCGAUAAUGGAUCCGCACUGAAUAUCUGUCCUUGGAGUACCUUAGAGAAACUAGGGUUGCAAGACAUCAAGCUAAGGCCUUCAGGGACUAUUGUUAGAGGGUUUGAUGGAGCGCAGAGGGAGCCAAUAGGGGAGGCAGAUUUAUCGGGGGCUGUGCCGUCUUCGUUGCAUCAAUUGCUCAAGUUCGUGGUAAAUGACAAAUUAAUCACUAUCUUUGCUGAAGAGGACUGCCUGGUGAUCACCGACUCUGGAGUUAAAGAAGAGGGUAGUCAAAGUGUUACCAUGUCCCCUCACAGCACAUCCGAUAUAGUCUCCGUAAGUUGGAUAACCACGGAGGAACAAACUCUCUCAAAGGCCAGUGUAAUGAUGGCCAGAGAAAUGAUUCGUGGAGGAUACAAAUUCGACAAGGGGUUGGGGCGUGAACUGCAAGGGAUCCUGAAGCCAGUGAAGAUAGUAGAAAAGAGGGAUACCUUCGGUUUGGGUUUCAGACCAACCGCCAAGGAUUUCAAGGAGAUGAAGGAGCAUAAAAGAGCAGAAAAAGAGGGCCGGCAAAGGGUUUUCGAUAUUCCACCACUGUG